AUGCUCCUUAAAUCUUAUUUAUCCCUUGCUGCUCUCGCCAGCCUGGGCCUCGCAGACAAGUCACCAGGCUGUGGUGGCCACAUCCCCUCGAAAUUCCCCGAGCGCGGCACCAGCAAAAACCUCACCCUCCCCGGUCUCGAUCGCGAAUACCGACUCUACAUCCCCUCCGGCUAUGACUCGAACACUCCGGCGCCCCUGUACUUCUCUUUCCACGGCGCCUCCCGGGACAUGAAGCAGCAGGAAGAGCUGUCGCAAUUCUCCAACCCCAAAUUCAACAAGAAGGGCAUCGCCGUGUACCCGAACAGCAAGAACGGGUAUUGGCUCUCCAACCCCGGUGCCAACACCUCGCGCCCCAACGACCUGGACUUUACUGAUGCCCUGCUCACGCACCUCGAGCACAAGCUGUGCAUUGACACGAAGCGCGUGUACUCGGCGGGCAAGUCCAACGGCGGCGGGUUCACCAACGUCAUCGCUUGUAACUCCACCGUUGGAGGUCGUUUCGCAGCAUUUUCCUCGGUCAGCGGCGCUUACUAUGACACGGACGACGUCCCCGGCAUUGGCCCCUGCCGCCCGGCCAAGCGCGACGAGGGCCGUCCCUUCCUGGAGUUCCACGGCACGAUCGAUACCACGGCGCCUAUCGAUGGCAACACUAAGAAACACCCCAAGUUGCCGGUCAUUGAUAUCCUGCAGGGCUGGGCGGCGCGCAACGGGUGCCCUGAGCAUUCGAACCCGCAGAGAAAUGAAACCGUUUUUACGCACCCCCUGGUCAAGCAUGCUUCGUGGGAUUGUGAUGGCAAGCAUGGCAUCGUGCAGCACUAUCGCGAGGGCGAUAAUGGCCAUUGCUGGCCCAGCCUCAAAUCCAACCCAGACUUUGUGGACAAUCGCGACCAGUGCCCCUUGGGCAAGUAUGUGUUCAACGCGACGACUUACAUCUUUGACUUUUUCGACAAGUAUAAGUUGAGCAAAUGA